AUGAGUUGCGUUGCCGCCAUAACUAUCGCUGUGCUCCUCGCCCUUAGUAAUAGCAACUGGGAAUGGAUCGACGUUGUUUAUACACUGCAAUAUGUUAAGCUCUUAAUAUCCAUCGUAAAGUACAUCCCACAGGCGUAUCUUAAUUAUCGACGCAAGGCAACCACUGGGUGGUCAAUACAUAACAUUCUCCUCGAUAUCUCUGGUGGUGCGUUGUCGCUUGGGCAACUAGUGUUGGAUUCAAGUUUACAAAAUGACUGGUCUGGCCUAACUGGUAACCCUAUCAAGUUCUUCCUUGGUCAAAUUACAAUCAUCUUCGACAUCCUAUUCAUAAUCCAGCACUACAUCCUUUACCGUCAUGCUGGGGCCCCACGAUCUGCUUUUAAUUCUAUUGAGCGGGGUUACAGCGCCAUCUCUACGAAUCAGCCUUUGCCUUCGGCAUCGUCGUCUUUAGACCAAAACCGCCAGGUCCCUCGCGAUGGCGCGGUACAGCAUAGAGAAGAGUGUAGAGGCCUGUUGAGCUCGAAUAUCGGCAAAACGAUCAACGAUGAACCUAAUGUCGGAAUUUAG